CGAAAUUCUUUGAAAUUUACGGUAAUUACAUACUUCCGACGAUUCGCAUGUCCGUUCGAGAUUGAAUUGUGUAUGGGGGUCGAUUUGCAGUUUGUUUAUGCAUAAGCUAUGUGGCUGGCGUAUAAACUGCAUUGUGACGGGAUUAUAGCAUAGCGAACCCCCUUAUUAUACACACCGCUGCGGCUCAGCGUACGCUCAUUGCUUUGUAGCGCUAUAAACUCGCGAUUGUGUCGGGAUAAGUGUUCGAUCAGACAAGAUUUCAUCUUAUAAUUUUUGUUUCCUGACGCAAUAUUCCUGCUGGAUUUUUACUGAUCUUUCCUGUAAUUGAAUGGAUGUAUAUUAGGAGGAUGUCACUGAUCUUAAAUUGGAAUAAUCACAAGAGUAAAAUGGUAAAUUAAAGGUUUCACAAUGAUAUUCAUGCAUGGGCACUUCCCAGUAUAGAGUAGGCUGACAUGGCCUUCAUAUUGUAUUCACUCAAAUAGUACCCAACACCAAAAGCUACAUGGUGGGACUGAGUGACACUAAAGUUGAAUUGAACCUGUAGGAUUGGGCAUGCAUCAAAAUGAUUCGUUUGGUUGAUUGGAAGUCAUGGAGUAAAUGUAGUUCAAUUGAUUUGUUUUCAUCAGAGUAGCUCAUAAAAAUGACCAUGCAUUCAUUUAUGAAAUAUUUCCUUCGCAUUUUCCCUGUGGAUCUUAAUGAACGUAAAUAUAGAUGACGGCAACGACAUUGUAGAAAGAGUGAACAAUUAAACCAUUUACAGUGAUUGAUAAACAUGUCAGAAGAACUGACCAAACUCGCCAAAUUGGCAAACAGCGCUGCGGGGGACAGUGACCUUGAGCUGAAGCUUAACACCUCGUUGGCUUCACCCAAGAUGAGAGCGCUACACCUCAAGGAUGAGAUUGGCCCGCUUGGGCCACCUGGACCUCCUGGACCACCUCCAGGAGGGAUGAAGAUGGAAGAGAAACCUAUGAAGAUGGAAUUGGGGAGUAAGAACACUCAAGGGAUGAUGAGGUUGGACCAUAUGAAAGGAGGAGGGGGUAUGGAUAUGAAGGUAGAUGGGAUUGCCGCGGCAAUGAAGAAGGAGGAGGACGAUGCAGUGUUUCUCCGGGAUGGGCAGAUGAACCAGGUUAAUAGUCAGAUGAAUAAUCAGAUGAUGAGCAACGGACCACAGGAUGAUAAAGGUAUGAAUAUGCUACAUCGGCAGGUGGGAGGCUACCCACAUCCCCCAAACUUCACAAUGCAAGACUCGCAGCACAUCUACACGUUCUCAACGCUGCUAGCCAACAGGGCCGCCCAGGCUGUCUACACCGGUCAGACUGAUUCCAUUCUGGCCUACCAUAGAGUUCAGUCCUGCAAGAGGAAGUUCUUAGAUCCAGAAGAGGAUACUGGUGCAGCUCCUAACCAUUCAGGAAACACUGGUCCCGGCACACCUCAACAGAACAAUGCACAACAAGGGGUAGAUGGGACUACAGUACAAAGUGCCAAUGGCCAAAAUGGCAAACCAGGACCCAUUGAUAGUAGUAUGGAUGGUGCUAGAAAAAGCAUUGAUAGUUUGAAAGGAAAGAACCCAGGAACACCUCAAAGUGUCCAAGAAGGAGUGGAAGGGAGCGAAAACUCAAGAAAGACGCCGCUUGAGAGUGGCACGGGGGGCGGGGGAACAACUACGACCAAAGGUAAUAAGAAACGCAAGAGACCAAAUUCGUCGUCGCAACCGCUUCAGGCGAACCUUCAAGGUGGCGGCCCUGGAGGACCAAUGCAACAGGGCAUGCCACCGAGUGGGCCAAGCUUUGGACCGUACGGACCGGGGGCAUAUCGACCAGGGUUCCCGCAUCAGAACAUGCCAAUGCGCCCUGCGAUGUCAUCGCAGUCGUUCCACAAUCAGCCCUCCACAACUGAAACCGAGAACCUUGAUCCCAGCGCGUUGUGGGAGAAUCCACCCAACGUCAAAAAGACAUUGACCACCACCAUGGCACCGUCCUUCCCACCCGACAUGUCACCUAUGCGGAUGGCAUCACCUAACCCCGCCAUGAGGUCGCCUAGUGCAGGACUCGUCCUCGGAAACGAGAACAUGGUGCCACCCUCCGGCCCGCAAGGUCCGCGUCCCUUCAUGAGUCCUUCCCAUCCAUCGCAGUCUCUCCCAGCGUCGCCCGUCAACCCUUAUGAUAUGCCGAACUACAAACCACCGCAGCAGAUAGACAACCCGACGCCGGAGCAGUUGCGGCAUCGGCAAGAAAGGUUGAGGACUCUCAAAGAGAUGCAGAAGCUCCUGUUCCCUGAAGAACAUGGCAGUAUGUCUCCAUCACCUGGUAGAAUGAUGUCACCCAUCGGGAUGCCUCCCCCACCUCAAGAUCCUAUGGCACAGCAACCUCAAGCGAUGAUGUCACCGGGUGGAGGCCCCAUGAUGCGCCCCAUGGGCCCCAGCGGGCCUAUGAUGGGGCCAGGUGGACCGGGGGGACCGCACUCUAUGAUGCACCAGGGAAUGGGACCAGGAAUGCACCCCCGGAUGCCCGCCCAGGAUGGUAUGAGGGGUAUGAGCCCUGACCAACGCAUGAUGAUGGCCAAUUCUGGGAUGAUGAUGCCCCCUCUCCCUCCAGACUGGGAAAACAUGUCUCCUGCCCAGCGGGAAUGGUACAAACUACAACAAGAAUUCUACCUCGAUAAACGACGCAAAAUCAUGGAAGACCAAGCCAAGAUGCAAGGACGCAUAUCAGAGUUUCCUCCUGGGGCCAUGGGUCCUGGGCACGGCCCUGGACCAAUGAGAGGAGAGCCGAUGAUGAGUCCACAUCAUCCAGGCAGUGGAGGAUUCCCAGGAGAUGUGAUGGGCAUGAAUAUGGGCCCACCACCGCCUUACCCUGCGGGACCGGGUCCAGGGCCGAUGAGCGGAGGACCUCCAGGGCCUGGUCCCGUUCCUGGACCACCGUCGCACGGGAUGCAGAGGAGAGCCAGUAUGUCAGGGCCGAUGCCGCCAAUGGGACCUGGAGGACCAGGUCCAGGGAUGGCAGGUGGACCGGGCGGGCCUGGUGGGCCAGGAGGGCCAUCAGGUCCAGGAGGUAUGGGAGGUCAGAUUGGACCGUUUCCGGAGACGCCGCACAUGCCAUCACCACGCACCAAUCGCUCCAGUUCAGUACCUGGUAUGCAGAGUGGGUCAUCGCAGCCUCCGAUGAGUGCAGGACCUGGACCAAUGAACUCAGGCAAUAUGCCUCCAGGGCCACAAGCCGGUCCAGGUCCCGUUAGUUCUGCUAGCUCCAUGUCCAUGGCCAUGUCACCUCAUGCACCUGUUGGCAGUCCAAUGAAAUCAGUUUACAGGGCCCCUACUCCUACAAGCGCAAACACAUCAGCCAAUCAACCACCCCAACAGAACACUGAUCCAAUAAUGAGUUCCAUGGUGAGAACGCCAGGAAGUGUUGGUCCGGUGGAACAGUCGCCGAGGCCAAAUCAACCAGGUACCCCUGCUGCCAUGGACAACCCUGUAGUCCUACCAAAUGUCUCAUCGGUCAACACCCCAAAUACCUCCCAGCCUGGUACGCCAAACUCUGUUGUGAACAACACCAUGUCAACGUCAUCUGUACUGCCACCUACCACAGCUCAUAGUAAUGGGUCACAAAGUAACACAUCGGGUGGAAAUAGUAACGUUUCAAAUGCACCACCUCCCGCAACCUCAAAUAUCACCAGUGCACCAUCCUCUACCAGUUCUGCAGGAAGCACAAGCACAGCGGCAGGCAACGCUGCAGAUUCUGGGAAGCCUAUGGAUGUCCAAUCCCAGCAGCGGCUUGUCAAUUUUCCACCAAGCCAACUUAACCGAGACAAAGCACCUAAUUUCCCACCCCGUGGUGAAGACCUGCAGCAAUACGCGUCCACGUUCUACCAAAAGACUGUUAAUAAGGAGCCACCCAUGAAAGGUCCGGGGCGGUUACAGCAUUUUGGGUCGCCACCAAUGAACAGUCCAAUCAACACGGACAUGCCGACGAUCGGCUCACCAUCGAGUGGGAUUAUGUCUCCGGGUGUGAUGAUGACGUCGCAGUCUGGGAUGAUGCCUCCAGGUGGGAUGCCUACACAAAGUGGCAUGAUGCCACAUGGGAUGGAGGGAGGACAAGGACCACCACCGGCACAACAGGGUGGUCCCAUCAUGGGUCCAGGACAUAGUCCAAGUGGUCCUGCAAUGAGUGGGGGAGGAGCGGGACCACCAGCUUCGUCCGCUAUGAUGAAUCCACGUAUGGCAGCACCACAACAGAGCAUGCAGUCACCCAUGAUGCAAGGACAAGGACCUAUGCAAGGACCUAUGGUGUCAUCAGCGCGGAUGCAGCAACCAGGAGGGAUGAUGUCACCUCAGAACAGCAUGAUGCCUCACAACAUGCCACCACACUCCGGGAUGAUGUCUCCAACCAUGGGUCCAGUCGACAUGAUGGGGCCGCAGGGGAUUCCGAUGUCUCGAGAGCAGCGGAUGAUCAUGUCGCAGUCGCGGAUGAUGUCCCAAGGACAUCCCAUGAUGGAAGGUGGUCCCGGGCCAAUGCCGGGCGGCCCUGGCAUGAUGGGGCCGCAUCCGAUGGAACGCGGAAUGAUGCAGGGUAUGAACAAUUUUGAGCCUGGGAUGAGUCCAGGCAUGCAUCCAAAUAUGAUGAGAUUCUCAGGGCCUAGAGGGAUGCCUAGCAGUGGGUUCAUGGAAGGUGGCGGCAUGCCCUCUGGCCCUGGUAGGACUAACAUGCCACACCCUGGUAUGAUGGGGAUGGGAAUGGGUCAGGGUGGGCCUGAGAUGGGAGUCAUGGGGGGCAUGGAGAGAAACAUGGGACCUACCACAUCGGGUGGCCAAGCCAAUAGCCCUCUCUCGUUAUUACAAAGUAGAUUCUCCCCGCCGUUAUUACCAGAUGGAAAAGGACCAAAACAAACUCUUCAGUAUUUCCCAGCGAAUACGAAUCAAGGCAGCGGGCAGGGCCAGUCCGGCAACCCGCAUGUGAACCCAGGAACCGGUCCGUCCCCCGGGCAGGGCCCCAAACAAAUCGAGCUUCCGUUCCCGGUGGAGAUGGUCACAGGGGGUAUGAACCCCGGAGCUAUGAACCCAUCGUUCUCGCGUGGUCCUGGUGCAAUGGGACCUGGACCUCGGAUGUCACCCAUGAUGAACCAGGAGAUGAUGAUGCAUCAGGGUUAUGGAAUGGGACCAGGGGGCGGGCCAAACCCGGGCCCUCGUGGACAAGUCCCCGGCCCUAACCCAAUGGGGUACAUGGGACCCAGGGGUAUGCCAGGAUAUGGCGGAAUGAAUCCAGGAGGACCAAUGGGCCCAGGCGGGCCACCUUACGGGGAUCCGAACUUUGGACCUAUGGGCCCGGAUCCCAUGGGGCCCGGAUUUAACAUGCCAAAGUAAACUUAGAUAUGAAUGAAUGAAUGUAUAUCAGUGUCAACCAAAUUCUUGUGAUAUGUACAAAUGGUCAUUUUGAUAAAUUGUGUUGUUAUUAUUAUGUGCAGGGUAGCUCUGCUUUUGAACCAUGUAUGCUCUUGGCACAAUCAUGUCACAGUGAGCUAGCUCCAAGCAUUAUAUAUUAUGCCAUUGAAUCGUGGCAAGUCAAUAUAAAGUAUUCACAUUUUUUAUAUAUGUACGGAGCUUGGUAGGUUAAUCAUUUUAUGUUCAGAGGUAUGAAUGAAAAGUAGAAUUCAUUGCAAUUUGGAAUAUCAAUUCAUCUUGAUAAACCAGCAUUCAAUUUAGGGGUUCUCUUAGCAAGGGGAUGAUUUUUUUUUUAUAUUAAAAGCUGUUUUAUUAAGUGCCAGAAGUUACAAAUAUAAUCAAACAAGAAUAAAAAGAAAAGGUUUCCAUAAAGUUGUCAGAUCUGACGUCUUUUCAGACAAAAAUGUUAAUAAAUCUCUCCCCUGAUCUGACCAAUGCAAUAGAGAAUAUAAUUUUUUCAACCAGACUGAAAUCUUUGUGAGUUCCACCCCCCCCCCCCCCUCUUAAACUCUUUGACUGAUUUAAACCCAUUUCAUUUUCCAAUUAAUGGCUCUUGUUCAUUGAACAAAAAAUCAGUAAAGUCUUAAUACCUUUUAAAGAAAUCUCUACGCAAGAAGAGCCUGUAGUGGUCUACCUCGACCCUUUUUGAAGGUACAAGGAUUACUUGGAUGUUGAAGAAACAUUUAACAGGAUUCAGGAUUGUCUUCUUUUCCGUUAUGAUUCACAAGAUGAUUUCACCAGUGAAAAAUAAACUUCAGGGUCUGUUUCAUAGUAAUAAUGAAAAUAAUAAUAUACAACAUUUAGAAAGUGCUUAAUACACAUGUUUCUAAGCGCUGGAUGCAUUGACAAAUAUGAAUAAGUUGAAGAGUUGGAUGGAAUUAAGGAAAUAAUAUAAACUUGAGACUUCUGAAAGUUAAAGGAAGAAUGCAUGGAGGGUAAUUUAACAAAUUACAAGGAAUAAUAUAACAGAUGACAACAAAAAUUACUAUGAUUUACUACUGAUUAAAAAGUUAGAUUUUCAAUUUAGUCUUAAAAAUGGAAAGUGUUGGAGAGUCAGAAACAUAAAGACUUGUUAUAAUAACAAAUGCACAGUUUCUAUUACAAGUUUACUAUCAGCCUGUCAAAUUGAAUGGUUUCCAUUGGUUUAAACUGAUAUUGCAAUUUUGGUUUUGUGACAAGUUUUAUGAAAUGAGCCCCAAAGUGUUUGGUGAUACGAUCCACUACCACACCUAGAUGUUCUAAUUUCCACUCUGUCUUCUUAC